AUGAUUGACAAUCAUCCAUUGACAGAUUUUGAUCAACUUGAAGCUGAUUUGUUUUUCAAACUUCCUUUUAAUGAAAGUAUCCGUUUAAAUAUACCAACGAAUUUGAAAAACGAUUUAUUUAUUAUUGGCAAACAUGAACAUCCUAUAUAUACUGAAGAAGGAAAAAUUAUUGAUGACAUAUUAUCAAAUGAUAUUGGUUUAACAAGUAUAAUCUUCCCAGAGAAAUCACCAUCAACAAUUGAUGAUGAUAAUCAAUUAUGUAAUAAUGAUCCAUCAACAAUUAUUAAUAAACGUUAUUGUCCUUUUGAAAGUACGCUUAAUAUCGAAAAUCUUCAUACGAAAAUUAUUACAAUUACUGAUAGAGAUAUCUCAAUAUUAACAUCGAUAACACUUUCAUGUAUUGGAUUUGCUGGCUUUUCAAUGCCAAUUAAUCUUGAAUCUGAUAUUAUUCAAAUUCCGAAGAAUUCGAAUGUUUCUCAAGAAAAUGAAGAUCGUUAUCAUUUUUAUUUUCUGACUGCUUUGUUUAACACAGGUAGAUUUUUGUUUUAUCAUGUAGAUGAUACGCAAGAAGGGUGGCGUCAAGCCAUAUUCACCAGUAUGGCUUUAUUAUCUGAUCGAAUAUCAACUAUUGAAAUUAUACAAAAAUCCAUUCAAGUUGUUUUAAAUAAUGUUCUAGAUAAAACAAAUUCUCAAAUGCAAUCGAUUAAUCAAAUUCAUCUAUCAUUAAAUGGUAUUAAGAAAAAUGAAGAAGAUAUUAAUAAAAAAAUAAAUGAUCUUGAAAAAAAACAUCAAUAA